AUGGAUGAGGAGGGGGUGUCCAACAACGAAAGUUCCAAUGACAUUCUAGAUGAAGAAAAUCUGGAGGGGGAAAGAGACUUUUCGCAUAUAUCGUUUGGCCUCCACGGAGAUAGCGUUGAUCGUGAUGAUGGUGGUGACGAUGCCGGUCUCGAUGUAGAAGCAGCGGAUGGUCCGAGUCAGGAGAAGGAUGCCGGGGAAGGUGGAAACGGAGAGGAGGAAGAAGAGGAAGAGGAAGCCGUAGAAGAAGAAACAGAAGAAGAAGAGGAAGAGGAGGAGGAAGAAGAAGACGAUGAUGAGGAUGAUGAUGACGAUGAUGAUGAUGACGAUGAUUAUGACGAUGAUGAGUAUGACGAGGACGACUUUAAUGAGGCCACGGUGUCUUGGAUCGAGUGGUUCUGCCAGCUGAAACAGAAUAUCUUCCUCGUGGAAGUGGACGAAGAUUUUAUAAGAGACGAGUUCAACCUGAUAGGGCUCCAAACGAAGGUACCCCAUUUUAAAAAGUUGCUAAAAAUAAUUCUGGACGAAGACGACGAUGAGGAUGACGAUGAUGAUGAUGACGACGAUUACGAUGAGGAGGAGGAUGAAAUAAAUAGAGGUUCUGAUGAACUCUACAAAAAUAAGGACAUAUAUGAGCAAAAUGCUGCAUGCCUCUACGGAUUAAUACACAGUCGCUUCAUUUUAACAUCUAAAGGAUUGGCACUCAUGAGGGAAAAAUAUAAAUCUAGCAUCUAUGGUACUUGUCCAAGUAUAUAUUGCGAUAAUGCCAAGUUGUUACCUACAGCCAUUUCUGAAGUACCUAAAUUUUUAAGCCCUCUUUUGUACUGUCCUCGUUGUUGCGAAACAUUUUAUCCUCAUAAAAAUUCUUUGCUUAAUCAGUUGGAUGGAGCCUAUUUCGGCACCAGCUUUGCUUCCUUUUUUGCGCUCUCCUUUAACAUUCAAUCAGACAAGAAGAGGAUUUAUUACACACCUCAGAUUUGCGGCUUCACCAUUAAUAGGGACAUACGGGAGACGCUCUACUUAGACAUGAACAAGGACAACAGCGAAUCGUCGGAGGAGUAUUCGUAG